UCUGUCAGCGUUGCAAGAUGACGAUUGUUGCAAGAAAUAUGAAGUUCACACUACCACUUCUGUUCUUGAUUCUUCUGAAGCUGACCUGGGCAGAUCAAGAAGUAAACAGUCAUGACACGUUCAAGGACACCGGGACUCACAUCCCAACUCGCGUGUCACCGAGGGGAAGGUCGAAGGUCAACCAAGUAUCCCCCAGCGUUAUCUGGUCCUCACAUCCCGCUAUGGCUACAGAGAACAUCAGAGAGGAUGGCUCAAACAUGGACGAGACAGAGGAUAGUGUUGCCUCUAGACCUCCCGGCACGCCUGCUGGUAUUGUGCCUUAUAGGGGCAUGUUACUUCGCACGGCAGAUUGUGCAGACUCUGACACCGAAGCUACGGUCAAGAUUUCUGGCAUGUUCCCAGACAUGUGGCAGCUGAUCGCCCUAGCGGCCAUGGUGUGCCUUGCAGUCUCUCUGAUCGUGACGUUCGUCCUCUGUCUGUUGCUGUUCCGCAUGCGCGUUACAAAGGAAUUGGAGAAGGACAUACAAGACAGACAGCCCAUGAAACCUGACCUAGGCGACACAUCCAGCUAUGUGUCGUUCAGCAGCCCUGAUGAAGACAUGCGGGAUGACCACUCUAUCAAGAUCGUCAUCCAGGACACAGACAGUGACGAGCAAGAACAGAGGAACGAACCACGUCCGGAUAUGUCAACCUUCAAGAUCAGAAGGAUGACACCUGUCUGAGGAGUCAUGUAGC